UCUUUUUCACCAGAAAGCUCAUCAGGGUGACGAGGUUUGUUUCUGGGGUGUGAACAGCAAACACCAGCCAGCUGACGCCGGGCCCUGCACAGCCGCAGACGCUCCAAGGUCAGCCACAGAAGGACCGCUUGCCGGGACCGGCCCUCCCCAGCCCCGGUGCAGGAGCCUUCCACGCAGCCCCGACGGCUCGGGGGUCCAGCGGGGGCGGCCAGCAUGGCCCAGGCCUCCGAGGACCCUGCCGAAACAGACCUUGAGCAGAGGAUCCUGCGGUCACUGAGGGCCGCUGGCUCCCCCGUGAAGACCAGCCAGCUGGCAAAGGAGUGCCAGGUGCCCAAGAAGAAUCUCAACCAAGUCCUCUACCGGAUGGAGAAGGAGUCGAAAGUCUCCCUGGCAGGCCUCGCGACCUGGCGCCUGGGCGGGGGAGGGGCUGGAGAAGUGGUGCCCAAAGAGCCGGCCCAGCACAGCCCGGCGAAGCCCCAGCCUGACGCAGCUGCAAUUCCGGACGGACCUGGCCCUCAGCUCAGUGAACAGCAGAGAGCCAUCUACAAGUUUCUGGAAGGCUCUGGGCCUUGUAAGGCCCUGAUCAUCGCCCAGGCCCUGGGAAUGAAGACAGCGAAGGAAGUGAACCCAGACUUGUACGAUAUGAGAAAGAAACACCUUCUGAAUCUUGAUGAGAAAUCGAGUGUGUGGUCGAUUUAUCAACCAGAUUGUGGAGGAAGGAAUGAGUCCCCUGCGAUCAUUUACCAGCAAAAUCCAGUCAACGUGAUCUGUCAGAAUGGACCAAAUAACUUCAUUUCCAUUGAGAACUCUGAAGACAUCCAGAUCGGCCAUGGGAACACCCUAGUGAGGCACGCCGCCUCUGGGGAGAAGGGCUCCGUGGGCCCCCUCCACCCCCCUGCAAGGGCACCAGAUGGUCCCUCAACACAGAGGUCCCCGGCUCCCGCCUGGGGACCCCAGGACAUCCGCUUGGAGAAGUCUGUGCUCAGACGGGUGCUGCUGGGACACGGCAACGACAUGAGCCUUCACGGUGCCCCCGCCCAGGGCCCUGGCGCCUGCAGCCCCUCCGGCAGCCCCCCAGUCUCUGCCACCACUGUUGGCUCAGGAGCUCCGUUCAAAAUCUCAGUGACUGAACCAGGACCUGACUGCCAGCGGGAUGGGACCCAGAGGGUCCACAUCAGUUCAUGCUUCCUUGAAGACACUGCCAUUGGCAACGGCAACAGAAUGACUGUCAUCUCAGGGACAGCUGGUCCCGGAGGAGUUGCAGAGCCUGAGGACAGCAGAGGGGGCCCUGAGAAGCUGGGCAAGGAUGCAGCCCCAGGGCUGAGCCGUGGCACUGACAAGGCCUUAUUCACUCCGCACCCCUACCCACCCCCUCGCUGGCCUGAGGAACAUCCAACUUCUCACUCAGGACCCUGCUCGGGAGGUGCUGAGUCCACACGUGAGGCCCCCCCAGACCCGGCUCCCCGCCUCGACGCCAGCGUCUCGAAGCUCAUCGUCCAACUCGGAGCUGUGACUCUGGAGAGCGGGGCUCCCCACAUCACAGAAGACAGCGGCUGGGCGGGCAGAACCCCAGACACGGGGCCGCAGGGGCAGGCCGAGCCCCGAAUAGCCAGCCAGCCUCCCUCAGAAAGAGCAGGCCAACCCCAUGCUUUCUGUGUCCCGUGAAUAUCCUUUUCCACCUUCCUGCCUCCUGACACGGGGCCGAGAGGGUCAGCAUUUGGGCUGGGCCGGACCUGACGUUGGGUCACGUCUGUCCCUUCUGCCUCCUUAGCCCGCCUUCCAGCAUGGCUUACCCCCUCUCCCCUCACUCAACGCCUGACUUCCUCAAGGCCUGUUAGGGCUGCCUGACCUCUUUCCCACUUGACCUCUCUAGAACCUUCCUCCCCUGACUUUGAUCUCUCAGGAAUUCUUAGCUGAACUUCCAGAAAACAAAUCCCUCCUGUCCAGGCCCCAGUGGCAGGGGGAGGGGGAGGUGUCACUGGCCAACCCCUGGUCAGGUGACCUCCACUGGCCAAUCAUCAAAGAAUGUUUGUCAUGUGCCAACGUGGUGCUUGCGGGUGGGUUUAGUCCCCUUGGAAGGGUUAUGGGCACAGUGGCGUUUCUGGAACAAAGGAAUGGGGGGGUUCAGAGGACACUUGUGGAGGGAUGAGGGCAGGAAGACAGGAUAGAGGAAGGCAGUGGGCAGCCAGGCAGGGCCAGUGUGGACCAGGCUCAUGUCCCCACAUGUCCACCGCCCCUCCGGAUGCCAUGCCGCACAUCACUUUCUUCUGUGUUCCCUCCACUGGACCUUGAGUGUCCAAUGCCCAGGAGCCGUGGCCCCUGGGGCUAGCAUCAGCCACGGAGGAGGAAGGGCUGACUCAUCACAGAGCCUCGGCAAGAGGUCAUUGACCAGGGACCCCGGGGAGGGGGGUUUAAUUCCGUUAAAUGUCCAACUCGAUUUCAGCUCAGGUCAUGAUCUCAGGGUCUGUGGGUUUGAGCCCCACCUCAGGCUCUGUGCUGACAGC